AUAGCAGAAAUAGAAUAUUAAAUUACCAAUACUUUAUUUGUUGCCUUUUGAUGAGGUGGCUGUGCUUUUUCCUAUUCAACAAUAAUGUCAUAAUAAUAUAAUUUUUACCCUUUAAAUUAUAUACAUUUUAGGAUGGUUUAUGUGUUACGUAGUCUUUUUUUGUAUUUCGGUGCCAGUGCAAGAAGUGAUCACGAAUAACAGCUGGUGGUAGGUGGAAGUGGUUAUUGAUGAUUAUUGAUCAUAAUUGAUGAUUGUUUGUAUGGUGAAGGUCAGGUCAGGAGACAACACAGUAGGGUCUGUUACCAUGACGAUAACAGGACUGAUUUAUCCCCUUAUUAUUGGGCCAUAUCCAUUCAAUAAUUUAUUAAUUCACAGAUUCACUUUGUUCAUUUUCCUUUUCUUCUUCUUCUCCUUCCUUCAUCUCUCCCUCUGUCUCCAUCCUCUUCUGUCCCAAUGCCCUUCGUCCUUUGCUGUUUCUGUCUCUUUUUCUCUCUCUUCCUCCCUCAAUCCAUCUUCUUUCCUCCCUCUCCUCCUCGUUCACCUCCUUUCCCUCCAUCCGUCUCUUUCUCUCUCUUUCAGGUCAAUGAGAGGCAGCAACAGCUCAGUCUGAACAGCAGAUCCUCCCUCGUUCUCUCUCUCUCUCUCUCCAGUUUCUCCUUUACCUCGAUCUCCCCUUUUUUUCUCUCUAUCAUGCUCUCCUCACUUCCAUAUGUUAAAAAACAGUCGUCUUAUUUUAGCAACACUGCCUUCCUCCUCCUCUUCUUCCUCCUCUUCCUUCUCUCUUGCCCUCCUCUCUUCUGAGUUUUGACUCCCUCUCCUUUCACACACACACACACACACACACACACACACUGGAAAAUGAAGCGUGGGUCGAGUGUGUUGCAGCCUCCCUCUGAUGCAGCCAAACGACACACACACCCUGCAAACACACACACAAAGACAAACACCAGUGAUGGCGCUCGCUCGCUGAAUGUGCCCGACACACACGCUGAACACACACCGGAUGCACACGCCACAGGUUCGAGUCCCUUCCCAGCAGCCACCUCUCUCUUCAGCCCUGAUGUCAGCACCAAGAUGGCGUCCGACCUCCUCAUCCGGCUGUCAGAGGCCACCCAGAAGGCCCAGGUGCUUCCUGGGAGGCAAGCGGAGGCGGAGCCGCAGAGACGUGAGGCCCUGCCGGAGGUACGCGGUGGGCAGCAGGACGAGCCCGGCCUGGCUCUCUCACCGGACGGCCCCGGGGCGAGUCCUGAGCCUCCGUGCCUGUCACACACACCUGAUGGCACAGCUGCCACGGACACGCUGGCUUCAGACAUGCUGAGGAAGCUGGCAGAACGCCAGGAGGUGAACAGCCAUGUGGUGAGGGUCAAAGAAGAAGAAGAGCCAAUGGAGGUCGACACAUUGGUUGUCUCUGACCUUGUCCAUAAUCGACCAGUCACAAAAGAGAUAACCCCACCUUCCCCUAAGGUGGCGAGCCGGCAUCUCUUCAGCAUAAAAACAGAACACCAGGGUCUCAGUGGCAACAAGAUGGCAGAGCAGUUGCACCUCGGAGCCAAAAUGGCAGACCAGUGUCUCCACAGCCUUAAAAUAGAAGACAGAUUUUAUACUGGAGGCUGCCAGCCCGGCUCUAAGACGGCGGACAGCGUUGUCUCUGGGGCCAACAACUUUCAGUUCAGAGUGAAAAUGGAGGAUCAUGGCGCCACCGCAACCAAGAUGGCGGACCAGCUUCUCUUUAGAGCAAAUAUUGCAGAGCAGCCUUUCUCUGCUGCCAAGAUGAGCAACAAGAUUCUCUCUGGAGUCAAGAUGGAGGACCAGUUUCCUGCAGGAGCUAAGCUCGAAAACCCCCUUCUCUUAGGGACCAAAAAGGAGAACUGGCUUCUCCCUGGAGCCAAGAUGGCAGACCAUGUUUUCUCAGGAGUGAAGACAGAAGAGCAGCUCUUCUUUGGAGCCAAGAUGGAAGAUCAGUUCACCUCUGGAGCCAAGAUGGCCGAUCAGUGCCUCAGAGCCGUGCUGUGGCAGGACAUGUCCGUGAACCUAGCGUCCACUCUGCUGCACCAGCUGUCAGAGAGGGUCAGUAAAUCCAACAGUCGGCUGGGGGAGAGGACGACUCCGCCCAUCAGAAGCAGUCCUGUUUUGAAGGUGAAUGUGGACUCUUCAUCGCUUCUGAGCUCCCAGGAUCCUCCACAUGAAACCCAAAGCAGCCUCAGCAGAGAUCAAACCACAGGUUGCUCUUACUUCUACAGGUGUCAUGUGUGCGGUUUUGAGACGGACAGGCGUGCCCUUUUCCACAGUCACAUGACAGAACACCGCCAAUGGGAGCACGGCUCCUUCUCGCUGCACUGCAGCGUGUGCGACCACUCGACCAAUCAGGAGGCAGAGAUGAGGGCUCACGCCAGCACGCACUUGAAUGGGAACACGGGAGCCAGCGGAGAUGUGAGAUGCCCCGCCACCCCUCCUGCCGCCUCCACUGCCUCAAGCAGCGCUCCGUCAGUUGCUAUGGCAACCCAGCCGGAGAACAGCGCCUCUGAGCACCGCUGCCGCAUCUGCCAGAGGUCGUUUCCAGGGCAACAGGAGCUGUUGGUUCACUUCCAGGGUCACCGCCAAGGCAACCAGUACCGGUGCGACCGGUGUGGCCACCUGACGCGGACAGCCAAUAAGCUGGUAGAGCACGUGCGCGUGCACACAGGGGAGCGGCCGUUCACGUGCGACCUUUGCCCCUACAGCGCCAAGCGGAGGGACAGUCUGCGCCUCCACUGCAAGGUCAAACACCCAGGCGACGUGCACACGCACCGGUCAUACGUGCACGGAGACAAUCAGCGUUCAAGCAAACACGUACAGCGGCUGCACACGCCGGCGAACACACACACUGCUGCACCCUCCUCCUCCUCUCUUCCUCCUCUUCAUCCCUCACUCUCUGACCGGGCAGGGUGGAGGGAUUUGUCUCCUCUCCUCCCCAUCACGACGCUCAUUUCUCUGAAACCACGCUCUCCUCCAUCUUCCUCCUCCUCCUCCUCUUUGUCGUCAUCCACCAAACACUCCUUUCUCGGUUACCUUGGUCUGACGACUCCUGUGUAAAUGCUUUUUCCCCCCUUUUCUCCUCCUCCUCCUCCUCUUCCUCUCCUGACCUUGUCUUCUCUCCCCUUCUCUCUUCUCCUCUCCUGAUCUUGUUUCUUUCCUCUCAUCUUUUCUUCUCUCCUUGUUUCCUUACAUCUCUAUUCCUCUCCUCUUUUUCUCUCCCAUCCCUGUUUCUUCUCCUCUCCUCUUCUCUCCUUUCCUCUCAUCCUCCUCACAGUUCAUUAUUA